AAGUCUUAGGAACACAGAAUCUCAAUCUCAAUACCUAGUUGUUUGUGAUCAUUUGAUUUCCAUUUUAUUGUGAUCAUUUGAUUUCCACAUUAAACUGGUUUGUUUUCUUAGUGAUUUGAGAUUGCUCUACUUCUGUUCCAUCACUCUGGACAUUUUUGGUAGAAAUCCCAAAUGGGUGAGGGCAAUUUUCCUUAUCAACAUCAAUUCUAAGGGCUAAUUUUGCUCCAGUUAAGCAGCCUUUAAGCCGCCAUGCCAGUUGCCACAAGGUCACAUUCAGUGACUAGUCCCGGAGCCCUUCGAAGACGUCUCAAAGAAGAUGAACACGACCAGGGUCAUAAUUCUGCCAUGAGGAAUCCUCAUUAUAAACUCAAGGAAAAAAUGCGAUAUAUGGCCGAAAGCAAUGAGAGCAGUGCUAAUAAUAAUUCUACUACAAAGCCCCUAAACCAGCCCUUAAAAACCAGUCAUGCUAGCAUUGAUCUCCUUAGCCCGCAGGUGACUUCGGUGGCCUCUGCAGAGAAGCGGAAAUCAAAGAUAUCUCAAAACCCAGAAAAGACAGACGCAUUACAGGUACUGGGCCAGUGCAAUUUUAUCAAAGAGCAGAGGGGCAGGGAGUCAAACCUUGAGCGCUUGGUGCUGUCCUGCCCAAAGCCACUUCCGUCCUCAGGUAGUACAGCCGUGGCCAGGAGGCUCACCAUGAUUGGGGUUGGGCAUAAGGAGAGCAAGUGCCUUGGUGGGCUUGUUGGUGGUCAGCUGGAGACCAUUUCAGAAGGCGGUGUGGCCAAAGGCGGGGAACAGGGGGCUCGGAUUAUGGUUUAUGUCAGAUUGAGGCCAAUGUCAAGAAAGGAGAAAGAAGCUGGAUGCACUAGUUGCGUUAGGGUUGUUAACAAGAGAGAUGUAUAUAUUACAGAAUAUGGCAUGGAGACUGAUUAUCUUAGGCUCAAGAGGGUCAAAGGCCGGCAUUUUGCAUUUGAUGUAGCUUUCCCGGACGUGACUGGUCAGGAGGAAGUCUACCGUACCACAACGGCAGACCUUGUAGAGGGUGUCUUACAAGGGAGAAAUGGAUCUGUAUUCUGCUAUGGAGCGACUGGUGCAGGGAAGACAUAUACAAUGCUGGGUACCAUACAGAAUCCAGGAGUGAUGGUUUUAGCCAUUAAAGAUUUGUUUAUGAAGCUUAGACAACGGAGUUGUAAUGGUCACCAUGUUGUUCGCUUGUCUUAUCUGGAAGUCUAUAAUGAAACAGUCAGGGAUUUGCUUUCUCCUGGCAGGCCUCUUGUUCUUAGAGAAGAUAAGCAGGGGAUUGUAGCAGCUGGGCUUACUCAGUAUCAGGCUUACUCUACUGAUGAGGUCAUGUCAUUACUUCAACAAGGUAACCAGAAUAGAACAACUGAACCCACUCGAAUGAAUGAGACAUCAUCUCGAUCGCAUGCUAUCUUGCAGGUUGUAGCGGAGUACACAGAGAAAGAGGGUUCUGCUACUAUUACCCGUGUUGGCAAGUUGUCUCUCAUAGAUUUGGCUGGUUCUGAGAGAGCUCUUGCAACAGAUCUCCGAACUGUUAGAUCUCUGGAAGGAGCCAACAUAAAUAGAUCACUUCUUGCACUUAGCAGCUGUAUAAAUGCCCUGGUUGAAGGCAAAAAACAUAUACCAUAUAGAAACUCUAAACUCACACAACUACUUAAGGAUUCAUUGGGAGGGGCUUGUCAUACAGUAAUGAUUGCAAAUAUAAGUCCCAGUAUUCAGACCUUUGGAGAAACCCAAAAUACUCUUCAUUGGGCUGAUAGGGCAAAGGAGAUUCGCACAAAGGCUUCUGUUGCCCAUGAAGAGUUUCAACAUCCCGAAACCCAGACUGAACAGUUAAAGCUGCUGCUUGAAGUACAGAAGGAGAACCAGCAGUUGCGAACACAGAUUGCUCGCUAUCAACAGAAAAUACUUACAUUGCAAAGCCAAUGUGUGACAUCUUCCCCUGCUUUGUCCUCUUGUUCUAUUGUCCCUUCUUCACCUUUGACUCCUGCUGCAAUAGAAACCCAGAUGACUGACAGGUACUAUUCAAAGAUUAAUCAAUGCUCAACACCUGAACCAACCCCAAGGCGAUUAUCUUAUCAUGACGGUGGUAAAGCUGCAGAGGAGGUUAUUAAGGACCUCAAAAGAAAAAUCAGAACCCUUGAGGUGGAUAAUCAGAACUUAAACAAGGAGUACGCUAUUAAAGAAAAAAAGCUAAAAGCUGAAAUAACAGAUCUCAAGCGUGAGCACAGUUUACAGCUCAAACAGAAGGAUGAUUUUAUUCGUAAGCUUUGUCAAAAAUCCUCUUUUAACCAGUCCACACAAAAAUCCUCUCCACAAGAGAAAGAAGAAACUCUGAGUUUUACACAGCCAAAUGAUAAAAAUAAUGCCUUGAAGUCCACCAUACUGAUAUCCAGUUCUUCUGCAAAGCUGCCUUCAGAAAGGCUAAGAAAAAUUAUGCCCCUAAUGCCAGAAGGCAACAAUACUAACUCCUUACCACGAAAUGUCUGUGACUCAUCACUUAGGAUGGGAAGAAGAGUUCAAUACCCUAGUGAUGCUGGUAGUCUAAAAAGUCCUCGUCAAUCCAAUAGAUUUAAAUCUCCGGGCCCUGCACCUGUAGGAAGAAAGAGAACCUUUUGGGACAUCACCAAUGCCAACAGCCCUUCUGCUGUACAAAUCAGGAGUACAAGGACUCACAGGAAUGACGCUCCCUCUAUGCUCCUGCAGCUUGGAUAUUCAUGUUUCUGGCUCAUGUUAAUUGUGGGCCCUCCAAUGGUUGGUUACAUUCUUCAGCCAGGCUUUGCUUGUCACAGACAGUCUCUCAACUGAUGACCUACAACGGAGAGCUAAAGUGGAUCCACCUCAAAGAUGCAGUUUGAUGAAAGACAAUUUUUACGCAGCUUUGCUGGUUUCAGCUCAGAUUGAAGUGGUUUAAUCUGCCUUGAGAAAUCAUGGAGUUGGGUUGGAUCAAGUUUGCAUUCAAAUACCAUUGAAUUCUAUUAAUUGUAAUAUUUACCAUGAAUAGGCCGCUUAGUACUGCUUGGUUUAAAUAUCUUUUUUUACCAGCACAAACAAAACAGGUAAUUCUUAACAUUCUUACAUUGGCUACUUACAAAACUGAUAAGUUUUACACUGGGUUACUUACAAUGAUAGUUCUGCUGUGUAGGUGAAUUAUCCUUCUGUGAGAUAUCUCAUAUAUAUUUCAUGUAAUUAUUUUCAGUUGGACAAAGGUGUAUCAUUGGUAUCCACAAACUACAAUUAUUCUA